AAAGUGGGGCCUGCUCAAGGAUGGGACCUGCUCCUCUGACCCUGGUCCAGGUUGUUCCUGGUCAAAGUGGGGCCUUCUAAAGGAUGGGACCUGCUCCUCUGACCCUGGUCCAGGUUGUUCCUGGUCAAAGUGGUCCCUGUUCCUAGGAUUCUAUGAGUUGGAAGGCAACUGUCUUCUCCAUCACCUUGUCCAGAAAAGGAAGGUUGGACACUGGUCUGCAGUUGUGAAGGCCCAGGGGAUCCAGGGAGGGCUUCUUCAGCAGUGGUCUGACUACUACUUGGAUAUAAUUCUCAUGUUGCAUGUGAGAUCCGAGCUGCAUCUCCUCCUUGGACAACCGGCCAAGAGGGACUGGGAUCAAGAAGGUCGUCUUCCUUCUGCUGCUCGUCUUUGAGACCGUCCUGAACCUUUUUUUCCCUCCCCUCCUCUUCUCUUCCCAGAGCAAUUUGAUCCUUUCCAUCUUGGUCGAGAGAGGAGGGAUUUGCACCCAGCCCACCCCGUCGGUCUUCCCAGAUCCCUCCUCCUCCUUCCCGAAGCUGGAAGCAGAGCACCUUCCUGAGGAUCCCGAGCUCUUCUCAGACCUUGCUCUUGGAUCCUUCCUUCCAAUCUGGCUUCGCUCUCUCCUCCGUUCCUUGAAACUGUCAGCGAGGAGGGAUGUGAAGAGCAGAGAAAGGGAAAAGUGAGCGGCCGUGAAAAACUGCAGAAAGUUGCCUGGCUUGGAGAGACGUCCGCUCGACUUUCGGCAAAGCUCCGAGCCUCGGGAUAUUAUUCUCCCGUCCUUUCUCGUUGGGGAGAAGAGCGUGAAGGAACCAAGGCGAGAAGCAGGAGCGGCUCAACCGUCUUGCCUAAUUUCGGCGGAUCUUCUCGACCAGAUAAGUCAACUUUAUCCCGCGUCGACUCGUCUUGAAUAAAUAACACAGCUCUAUUCUGCAUUAUCCGGACUCUGCCGGAUUUUGUUCCGCGUUGUCCGGACUUCGCCGGGUUCUUCUCGACUUAUGUUUAUCCUGCAACUACUCGUCUUGAAUCGAUCACACAGCUCUAUUCUGCAUUAUCUGGACUUUGCCGGAUUUUGUUCCGCGUUAUCUGGACUUCGCCGGGUUCUUCUCCACUUGUGUUUAUCCUCCACCGACUCAUCUUGAAUCGAUAACACAGCUCUAUUCUGCAUUAUCUGGACUUCACCGGAUCUCCUUGACCAGAUAACUGACAUUUCUUCUGCCUUGACUUGGAAGUACACGGCUCUUCUUGACUAGCAACGUCAAGUUGAUUCUGCAUUAACCAGCUUUGACCGGAUCACACGGGCUUGUUCUGCAUCGAUCGGACUUCACUGGGUCUCCGGAAAGUUCGGUCUAUUCCACAUUGGCUGGACAUCUAAAUCCGGAAAGUUCCGUUCAUUCUGCAUUGAUUGGACUUCUCGAUCCAGAAAGUCCGGUUAAUUCUGAAUCCGGAACGUCUGGUUCAUUCCGCAUCCAGAAGGUCCGAUUUAUUCUGCAUCGCCUGGAUUUCUUGAUCCGGAAGGUCCGAUUUGUUCCACAUUGUCUGGGCAUCUCAAUCCGGAAAGUCUGGUUUGUUCUGCAUUGCCUGAACUUCUUGAUCUAGGAAGUCUGGUUCAUUCCGCAUCCAGAAAGUCCAGAUUAUUCCGCAUCCAGAAAGUCCAAUCUAUUCCGCAUUGCUGGGAUUUCUUGAUCCAGAAAGUCCAACUCAUUCCGCAUCCAGAAAGUCCAGAUUAUUCUGCAUCCAGAAAGUCCAAUCUAUUCCGAAUUGCCUGGACUUCUUGAUCCAGAAAGUCCAGUUUAUUCCGCAUUGCCUUGACUUCUUGAUCCAGAAAGUCCGGUUCAUUCUGCAUCUGGAAAGUCGAAUUUAUUCUGCAUUGCCAGGACUUCGUGAUCUGGAAAGUCCAGUUUAUUCCGCAUCCAGAAAGUCCGAUUUUUCCGCAUUGCCUUGACUUCUUGAUCCAGAAAGUCCGGCUCAUUCCGCAUCCAGAAAGUCCAAUCUAUUCCGCAUUGAUCCAGUUUAUUCUGCAUUGCCAGGACUUCUUGAUCCAGAAAGUCCAGUUUAUUCUGCAUCCAGAAAGUCCAGCUUUUUCUGCAUCCAGAAAGUCCGAUCUAUUCCGCAUCGCCUGGACUUCUUGAUCCAGAAAGUCCGGUUCAUUCUGCAUCUGGAAAGUCGAAUUUAUUCUGCAUUGCCAGGACUUUGUGAUCCGGAAAGUCCAGAUUAUUCUGCAUCCAGAAAGUCCAAUCUAUUCCACAUUGCUGGGAUUUCUUGAUCCAGAAAGUCCGAUUCAUUCCGUAUCCAGAAAGUCCGGUUUAUUCCGCAUUGCCUGGACUUCUUGAUCCGGAAAGUCUGGUUCAUUCCGCAACCAGAAGGUCUGGUUCAUUCCGCAUCCAGAACGUCCAGCUCAUUCCGCAUCCGGACAGUCUGGUUUACUCUGCAUUGCCUGGACUUCUCGAUCUGGAUACGUCAAGUUUGCUCUGCAUUGCCCAGUGUUUUUGGAUCCAGUCGUCACCCAACAAUCCAAGAGAAAGGAAGGGAAGAUUAGCCGAAGGAAUUCAUGAUCUCUUAUUAGAGAGAGAAAAAAGGGAAGAUUAGUUGAAGGAAUUCAGAAGCCAAGGCCCGAGUGGCACGAAACGCAUCCGAGACGCCACCCAAAAAUCACGGAAUCACCUGCCCGAAGCGAAGAAAGGAAGGAGAACCCGUCCCCGUUUAGGCGGCGAGUGUCAACGCCUUCUGGAGUUUCGAUUUGACAACAACUUGGUGUCCGUUUGUCGCCAAAUCCCAGGAAUGGUAUCCGACAUCGGGGAGCUCUUUUGGGCGCCCCGGAGCCGUGUUUUUAAGGAUUAAGCAGAAUCCAGCGUCCUUUGUUUUUGUUUACUUGCGAGAUUUUCCGCUUUCCCGGGACGGCAUGGAUGGCCCUUCAAGGUGACUUCUCCUUCUCCGCCUUCCGCUUUGGAUCCUCCUCCUCGUCGCUCCAUGGCCGGAGACUUGGGCUGACUUCGGAGAGACGGGAACCGACGCCGAGGAAAAGCGUUUCCAUGUUCUGACCCGGUCGACGAUGAAGGUAUGGAAGUUUGUGGCCCUCGCCUCGAUGCUCCUCAGCUCCAUGCUCUCCGUCCUGGUUUGUAGGGACCUCUUCCGCGGGAAGGCCUUCUCCUUCGCCCGCUCUUCCUCGUCCGGCGGGCAGAAGAGGCACCCGAGGGACCUGGGCCGCCGGGCCUCGCUCAUCUCCCAGUACAGCAGCUUGUUUGAGAGCUACACGGAGGGGGAGGUCCGCCAGCUGGUCUGGGCGCUGGUCGAGCGCUACGGCCAGUCCAUGAACUCGGGCGGGCACGAGCUGCCCCUCUUCGCCAAGGCCGGCGGCCCCCGGACCAAGCGGGCCAAGGCCCGGCACAAGCCCUGCGCCCUCAAGGAGCUGGAGGUGACGGUCAGCGAGCUGGGCCUGGGCUACCAGUCGGACGAGACCGUGCUCUUCCGCUACUGCAGCGGCACCUGCGAGGCCGCCCUGCGCAACCACGACCUCUCCCUCAAGCACCUGCGCGGCAUGCGGCGCCUGCGCAAGGAGAAGCUCCGGGCCCGGCCCUGCUGCCGCCCGCUGGCCUACGAGGACGACGUCUCCUUCUUGGACGCCGGAAACCGCUACCACACCGUCAACGAGGUCUCGGCCAAGGAGUGCGGCUGCGUCUGAAAGCAGGGGCGUCCGGAUGACUGCCCGCCGAGAGAAGGCCUGCCCAACGCCGAGUCGAGUGGGCGAGUCUCCUUCUCCGGAGAAAGGGAUCCGAUCGGAUGGUCUGGUGGAGUCUUCAUCCUUCUCUGGUCGUUUUUCGGCAUCUCGUCCUACUCUGGUGGAAAGUGGGACUCGUCCAGUGGAGUUGUCAUCCUUCUCUUGUCGUUUCGAAGUUGGGACUGGAUCGUCUUUGGAGGUCUCGUCCUACUCUCAUAGAAAGUGAGAGUCGUCGAGUGGAGUCGUUAUCCUUCUCUCGUCGUUUCGAAGUGCAGAGCGGAUCGUCUUUGGGCAUCUCAUCCUAUUUUGGUGGAAAGUGGGAGUCAUCUAAUGGAGUUGUCAUCCUUCUCUCGUCAUUUUGACGUGCGGACUGGAUCGUCUUUGGGCAUCUCGUCCUAUUUCGGUUGAAAGUGGGACUCGUCCAGUGGAGUUGUCAUCCUUCUCUUGUCGUUUCGAAGUUGGGACUGGAUCGUCUUUCGGCA